AUGGAACUCCUAAAGAUCCUUAUCACUACCAUUAUUGCGUCAACAUUGAGGUCACAAAGUCUAGGUGCUCCAAUGUAUUCAACACCAAGUACGCUACAAAGUCUUGUCACUUAUCUGAUUCCGCAGAAAACCGCCAACGCCACACAAGAGGUAUGUUCUUCGGUAAUUGCGCGAAGGCCUUUCCCACAAACAAAGUUAAAAAACAGUAAGAGUGAAGAAAUAGGCAAGCAAAAAAACUAGCUGUAUUUUCACACCACGAAAAGCGAAAGAGCGUAGUUAUGGAAUUGUAAAUAAAGGUUGGGUUAGUCUUGUUUCUUUUUUGUUGUUGUUGUUGUUCGAACAUGACCAGAAAACGGCUUAAACGGGCUAUGUCACACACUCUGCUAUCUUUUUAAAAAGCGAAAAAUUUUUUGGCAUCAAUUUUAUUCGAAAAAAAUGGUCCAGUUUUAUUAUCGAAGACUAUGUUUAGGCAUAAAAACUGUCUCCUCUCGUCUAUUGCAAUGGAUGGCAAGGAAGGUCAUGGAUUAAGACGGGAAAAAGGCUGGGCCAACUUUUUCUAGAUUCAAUGCUAUGCAUGCAAAAAUCACUAACUUUUCCCGGAUCAACAGAUUUAAUGUUUGAUGCAUGCAAAAAAACAUGAGAUGCACUCAAAAUGAAAAACGCGCAGCGGAGUGACGAACUUUAAGGUGUUUCAUCUGGUGAUGAAACACUUAAUCCUCAAACAAAAUCAUUUUUAAAGGAUGAAAAAAUGAGCAGUUUUUCAUCUGAUGAAAUAUUAAACAUUAAUUUCCUUUGUUUUCUCUAUGAAUUAUUAAUGAGUUUGAGAAAUCUUCAUAACUUUAUAGGAGCAUUUUGUGUACGGGUCACAAAGAGUGCUCUAAGUAAUGACUUCAGCACAGAAUUGACCUAAACCCGCCACAAUAUCCUGGUGACUGGAUAGCCCCUCUAAGGGACAGACCAUUAGAAAAGUUAUGGGGGGAGGGGAGGGAAUUUUCGAGCCGCAGGAAUUUUUUUUCGUUAUCAAAUUCUUUGUAUGAAUUUUUUUUAGGCCAUUGCAUGAAUAGUUUUAGUGUUAAUUGGCGUGCAUGAUUUUUUUUUCAUUUAAUUUUCCCUUGCGCGAAUAUUUUUUUUUUGUACUUCGCCCCCCCAUAAGUUUUCUAAUGGUCCGUCUCUAAGUAUAGCUUGCAACGGUUUUUUUGGAGAUACGUCUAGGCGUGAAUGGUUUUAUAUAUAGAAAAGUAUGUUGGAAAAAAUAUUUGCCAAAUAUUUUUUUCCAACAUACUUUUCUUUUUCGGUCUUGACAUGAAAGAUAUUAACCAUCGUGGAUAAUGCGUAUAAAGGGUUCAGCUUUUAUCGUUCGUCUCACGAUAUUGAUCGCGACGUUUCGACCACACAUUACAGGUCUUCAUCAGGCGAUGAUGAAAACCUGCAGUGUGCGGUCGAAACGUCGCGAUCGAUAUCAAAGUGACAAUCGUGAGACAAACAAUAAAACUAAACCCUUUAAUAUUUGUCUUGUUUGAAGAAAGACCGUUUGUGCUAGCCUCACUGACUUCUCAACCUUCAUAAACCUUGACUACAACUUUUUUCUCCGUUUAGUUUUCUGUAGAAAAUAGCAUCGCAAAUUGAUAACAUUUGUCUCUCUUAUUCUUAUCCUUAUUCUUAUUUUUUUUUUCAGAUGAAAAACCUUUAUCAGUUCAUCACAUCGACAAGCUAUCUUAAAGAGCCACCUUUCGCGAAAUUUCCACCACAAAUCAACACACAAUCUUGCACAUCAAAUCAGGUACCAUUGGAACUUCUAUCUCAGCUAUCUAUGUACUUAUAAACAGUUUGUUUGUUUGUUUGUUUGAUAUCCAGAAAGAUAUAUUCCCAGUUUAAGGAGGUUUCAAGCCUUUAUUGAAGGGCGUUUGAAAGUUUUUGCAUGCAAUAAAAUAUUGAAUAAGUUAUACAGUUCUAGACUCUCUGUAAGAUGUGCAUUUUAAUAUAACAACCCUCUGUCUGCAGCUAUUGAAAGACAAUGCAACAAUCGCCUACGAGAAGAUGGAUAUCUUCAAAAGUCCACUGUACAUGGCCUUAUCUUAUGAAGAAAACCAAGGGCCGCUGCACAAUUCGCUGGCUCAGGUGCUCUGGGACAUAAGCACUUACGUCAAUGCUUCAACUGUGAUGCUCAGCCGUGAGGUACUAAUAAGAAGCUAAUUUUAACUGCUUUCAGAGUAAAAUAAACUUGCGAAUUUCACUCUCCGCCACAGAGGCUCUUAUCGAUAUUCCAAAAGAAAGCGUUAUACAGGGACUGGAAAAUUUGUGAGAGGGUUCGUUAUAUCGAAUUUUUUUUUCAUAUAUUGUACUAUUGCUGGGGCGAAGAAUAUCAUUCGUUACAGCGAGGACUCCGCACCUAGAGGUUCGUUUAUCGAGGUUCCACUGUAAAGCAAAAGUAAGAAGCCCGCGGAGGACAAUGGAAAGAGGGAGCUCUGUUUCUCUUUACCUACCCAUCGUCCCUCGCGCGCUUUCUUUUUACCUCUUUCCUCAGCUAUCUUAGCACGGAAGAUAGAGGGGUUAAAUCAUGCUUAUUUGAUCCCAAAUUUCUCUGUUCCGUAUCGAUCACAAAAGCCAACUGGUCGAGUUUUGCAGCCUAAGAAAGUCAGAAGUAUCACGCUUCUUAAGAAUACUACUGGCCCCAUUUGUUCAAACGUUGGAUAGCGCGAUCUAUCGGAUAAAUCAUUCUCCAGAAGAUAAGUAUUGGGGAAACCAAUUGUGCUAUUCACUGGAUAGAGAUUUAUCCAGUGGAUAGCGUUAUCAACCUUUCGAACAACUGGGCACUGAAAUAAAGAAUCUAUUGAACAUAAGAAUAUAAUACUGAUCUAUUGAAUUCAAUACACUAGUAUUUACAGCUGAAUUUACACCUCUCAAACCUAGUCGAAAUGAAAUAGUUUUAGGAAAUGUAGCAUGUUACGUAGCCUGUGCACAGACACCCCCUCCUCUGUACACAGGCUUCAUGUUAGGCGCAUUAAGUAUAAAAGACACACUUUCCAUUAACAACUUGAUUUUUUACAAACUUUUCAGAUGCAAAACAAAGGCUUUCCUGUACCCACUACUGCAUACGGAAAUUCUACGGCGCAGAUGAACCGAGAUAUUCGCGUAUAUCUCCAAGCCCUUGUUAAUAUCAACUUGCUGGUAAGCUAUCUCAUAAAACAACUAUUAUUACUUUAAAACCCGGCCCUAAAAAGACAUUGGGAUCGAAAAGAUCCUGUAAUAAUGGUUCCUUUUUAUUCAAAAUCACUCUCCUACUGUACUGGAACUAAAAGUCAGUAUGAAAUGAUUUUCUAUGGCCAGGAUGGAGACGGAUCGCAACUUGAUAAAAUUGGGCCACCUUUUUCAAGUAAAGCUCCUGAGUUGUCGAAAAAAGACCAAAAAACGAUCAUGCUAUGGUUUUCUUUUGAUAGAAUCAUCUAAUGUCUUUCUUUCAGAAACCCAAGUAUGGAAAAACAUUCCUUAGAAAACUAGUAAUAAUUUCGGCUCAGCUCAGUGUGUGCCCUUUAAAUAUGGGAGUAACCCAACCCCCACCCCCCCUCUCCCUAGGCCUGGGACAGGGACCUGUUGAUCAUUCAUGCUAAUGUAUGCUUUAUCGCGUUUGGCUGAGAUGAAAAAAAAUGUCUUCAAAAAUGUCUGAAAUGAAAUCCCUUCUUUUUUACAGAAAGGCCCGAUUACCGAUGACAAGGUGACGAUUUACAGGAAUUACGUCGUACUCCACUCGCUAAGUGGCGUCAUUAAGGAGGCCGCCGUUUGUGUGUACAAUUUAUGAAGGAAAAAAUAGAUUGCGUUGCGUCGUGGAUUACAAAAAUAGGACGUCAUUAUUAUUUAUUACUUAUGAAGGAAUCCAUAAGACUACGUUUGGAAAAAAUUUGAUAAUUCUAUUUAAAAAGCACCUUUAAUGUUAUUUAAAAUAAGAAGCGUUUAAGCUCAUGUCUGAAUUGCAGAAAUGAAAUGAUCUCUGAGAGGUCCAAUCAUUUCUAAGUAGUCUUCUGUCUAGCUUAAUGACCUUAAUGUUAGUUAAAAAGGAAUAAGUUGAUGAGUCUGUAGAUUCACUGUACUAUUUUUGACCGCAUUUUUUCCCGCUUAUCUUGCCCUUGUCGACUAAAUUAUAGUAACUUCAAUUUUUAUGAAGUCAUUUACAGCACGAAGUAGCUUAGUUAUCUGAGUUUAACGACAAAGUCCAUAUUGAGAUCAUUGUUUGUAGCUGACCAUGGUCAGUUUAUACUGUAAUCUGUCACAGAUGUUUUAACGACUAUAAUUUAUUCUAAGCUUCUUGUUGUUAAAUUAACAAUAAAAUGCUAUUUAAUAAAACUAUCAUCUGUAUUUUUUUGCUUCAGUCCCCCUUUAUUACUUCCUAAUGACUUUGUACACUUGUGCAAUCUUAUGAUGACACCCUCUUCGGAAAGCAAACGCUUCACACUUCGGACUAAUCUUGAGUCUAAGAAGCCAGUAGGGAGUUUUAUUACCAUACCAUGAGAAACGAGGGACUUAUCACUAAAGUCCUCUAACGUUUUCGUGUAAACUACGCGAGAAUUAUCAAAGUUCACUCACCGGUGAAUAACACAGGCUCCAACAAAAAAAGAGAUAAAUAAAUAAACUCAAGAUCUUAGCUGAGAGAGAGCUGUGAAAUAAACUCAGUUGAGAAGCAUCAAAUGUUUUUUCAAGAAGUGGGUAAAUUGCAAACUUAAAAAUUUUAACCCUUUAGGACCUUAUUAGAGUGUUCAGCAUCAAAUUUCGUCCUGUUAUAUCUCUACUUUAUAGGCGGAAAAAAAGUGGUCACAAGAAUUAAGGACCUGAUCACAGAGGAAUGAAUUAAACUGAUACUUAAACAACUUCUCCCUAUUACGUCUGAGGGAAAUGCGAUGUGACAACAAACGAGAAUUAAAAUUUUGCAUCAGGGUUAAUCAUUUCAGGUUCAUUGCACAUCGUGAUCCUAGCUAGAGCGCAUUUGCGGUCACCAUGUUUGUAAGGGUCUAUCAAUUAUGUGAUACAAAACUGCCGUGCUUACGAGUUUCCCGAUGUCAUGACGCAUUACUAAAACUAGAAGUAACGUGAUUGAAAAUUGCAAGUGGAAAAGCAUACUUUAAGACAUGUUAUAUGAUUAACGCUUAUUCUUAUUCUCUUAUUUUAAUGACCAUAAACAGAUACCACACAACUUGGGCACAACUUGUGCAGCUCAAACUAAUUUUCUUUUUCAAAGUAUACCCGGAUGAGAUUUCUUCAGUUGUACGCCUCAAAAAAAUUCCAAAACCUUUAGUUUCAAAUUAGAAACUCAGUGCAGUUUCUAGAUUGAAAACAGAGAUUGCAUGGUUUAAUCAUUUGGUUCUUUAAAUCUUUGACUUUCUUGUUUUCGUCUCAACUAUAACCAGAAAACGGCUUUAGUAUAUCUUUCAAAAGGCGUCAGUUUUUUCACGAAAAGUCCAGGAACGAAUGGGCUUAAACAAAACUCUCUUGUUUUAGGAAAUAUGUUGAAGAAAAUCUUUGUCGUGUUUAUACAAGACGGUUAUUUGUUUCUGAUUUUUGUCAACUUUCACUCCUAGCCACUGGCAGGGAAAAAUAUAGUUUUGUUGUUGUUGUUCUGGUUGUUGAUUUUUUAGGUACCCUUCAACAAUUCUUUGAAAUUGAGAAUAUUUCUCUCUUUAAUUACUUUUUUCCGAUGAAAAGUCUUUAUCAGUUCAUUGCCUCGACAAGUUAUCUUCAGGAGCCCCCUUUCAGCCAGUUUCCACCACCAGUCAACACACAAUCGCGCACAUCAAAUAAGGUAUCUACUCAGACUUUCAACCCCCCUGCUGUUUAAGUAUUUAACGUACUGUUGCUAAACCUCUAAUAUGUUAGUACUGUGGCACUUUUUACUUCAUUUGGGGAUCAAAAAUUCAAACCACAAAUAAAACUUUUUUUCGAUCCCAAACGUUCAGUCCUUGCAAAUCAUUUGCGCAAGUCAAACACUUUAAGAUGUUUUAAAAUAAUUCCAAGCUAAUAAAAAUUCGUCUAAAUUAACCUUCAAGGCGUCUUACUAGUUUUCAUGAUCAGCUCCUUUUCACUGCUUCAUAUGUGUUAAAACAGUCAGUCUCGUGUUUGAUACAUUUCAUGAAGUCAUGAGUAUUGUAGUAUCAGGUUAUCAAUAGAGGAUUCGUACAAUCACGUCAUCUACGUGCUAUUAAUUGAAAGGAAUUGCGAAAAAGUAGCAAAUCUCUUCUUUGCUCUUUGAUGUUUAUGUAUUUAUUUACUUAUUGACGCGUUUGCUUAAAUACAUGUUUUUGCCACAAAAAUAGCGAAUAAAAGUUAUACAGUUCUGGACCCUUUAUAAGUAAUAAUGCAUAUCAAUACUUUUUUUCUGUCUGCAGAAUUUAAAAGACAAUCUAACUAUCGCGUACGAGAAGUUGGAUAUCUUCAGAAGUCCUCUGUACAUGGCCUUAUCUUAUGAAGUAAACCAAGGACCACUGCACAGUCUGCUGGCUCAGGUGCUCUGGGAUAUAAGCACUGACGUCAAUGCUUCAUCUGUCCUGAUCAGUAGUGAGGUAACGAAUAUAGCCAGAAAUUUCACUGUAUUAAAGGAAAAAAAAUAAUAAUAGAAAAAAUCAUGAAUAGCUUUCCCAAACUCACUGAUUCGUGGAUAGCGAAGGUUUUGACAAAAGUCAAAAAUGAAACCCCAGAGAAAAAUUUAGUACCCUUAAUCAUUUGUAGUCUUGAGCCUCCCUUGCUGUUCUUACGUCACCUCAUACCUUUUCUAUAUAUGACAAAUAUGCCAAACAUCCAAGUAUAGACAGUCAAACCUCCAUGUGCGCCCACCACUCGUGAGCGACUACCUCCCAUAAGCUACCAUCUAUACAUAUGACAAAAUUUUUCCAGUCAAAGUUAGAACCACUCGUAACCGACCACAUCUUGUGAGCUACUGUGACCCCUGGGCCCAGGGCUGUGACCACUUUUUGGGCUGACAGUUUUAUAAUUGUCCAUUUUUUUUUUAACCUCUUUUACGCGACCGCUUGACUCAUGGUUUGAUCUCUAUGUUCACUGUGUGCAGUGCGCUACUCAGACAUUGUGAAGAGUCUAUAACGAGAAAGCGGAACUAUACACAUGUGCGAUUAAUUAUCUACCAAAAAGUAUAUGUAUCGAGAUCUCCCCUUGGAAGGGACCACCUGUGGCCCGAUUCUCGUAAGAGACCACUAACUCUUCGCAUUUUGGGUAGUCGCCUAAGGGAGGUUUUAUUGUUUUAAAAAAGCGCCUUCAGUUCUUAUAGUCUAUCACAACUUUUACUGGAAGUGAAAUACGGCUUAGGGAAUGCGGAGAAUGCCAUGGCUAUAAACAUUAAAAACCCUUCUUACAAUGUCAACAUUUUUGCAAACUUUUCAGAUGAGGAAAAAUAGCGUUCCUGUACCCACUGCAGUAACUGGAAAUACUUCGGCUCAGAUGAACCUGAUCAUUCGCGCACACCUGCAAGGACUUGUUAACAAUACCUUAUUGGUAAGCUAUCACUCAUACAAAUUAUUUUCAUUACUAUCUAAGAAAUUGCGAGUAGAAAAUACCCCGAGACCGUCAAUUCGAGAACAAAGUUAACGUCGGUGUUGCCAAGGGAACUGGGUCACUGCUUUAGGAAUUUCACUUAACUGGUCGCAAUAUUUAAAGAAACUCUUACUUCUGUGAAAAAAAAAUCAAAACAAAACAAAGCAAAAACCUUCAACAGUGAAAUAAAAUUAAAGAAACAGGGGAUAGCUUGAAUAAAAGCAAAAAUUGAGGAUAAAAUGAAGAGAAACUUCAAGUUAAAAAUGACGACGAUGACAAUAAUGGAGAUCCAAACUGAAAAACAUCUAGCGAAAUUAUCUUUUUUGUUCAAUUUUGCCUCGUUUUGAAUGCAAAUGUGAUUUACAAUGUGAGGAAAUAAUUUCUGCCUGUUUUGUUUUGUAACCGUCAAUUUGUGAAUAAAACAGUAUCUUACGUUAAAUCUUGAAUUUUUAGUUAACGUUUUUUUAAUAACCUCCUGGGUUUUCGUUUAAAAAACCUUCCACAUUUUUCAGAUAUCUGUUUUGUUUAAUAUAUUUUUGCUGAGUGAAAAUAGAAAAAUCGUGAACCUGAAGUAAAAUCUCUCUCUACAGCAAGGUCCUAUUACAGAUGACAUGGUGCCGAUUUACCGCAAUUACGUCGUUCUCUACUCGCUAAGUGACGUCAUUAAAGAGGUCGCCAUUUGUGUCUACAACUUAUAA